AUGGCCAGCCAAUUAGAGAUUGAGGCGACGGAUGUCAUCAAGAUCAUUCUCCAGUUUUGCAAGGAGAACAAUCUUCACGACUCGUUCGAUGCCAUUCAGAGAGAAUGUCAGGUGUCGCUCAACACGGUGGACAACAUCGAACAGUUCGUGACGGACAUCACACACGGGCGCUGGGACGCCGUGCUGCCGCAAAUCGCCACCUUGAAGUUGCCGACAGACAAACUCGUCGCGUUAUACGAGCAGAUCGUCCUGGAGCUCGCGGAGGUCCGGGAGGUCGACACGGCGCGCGCCAUGCUGCGUCAGACCCGGGUGUUUGAGGCACUGAAGAGGGACGACCCCGAGCGGUACCUCAAGCUCGAACGCCUGUGCAUGCAGGAGCACCCGGACCUCAGGGACCUGUACGCCGGACGCAGCAAGUCGAAGCGCCGCACGGCGAUCGCGCAGGCGCUGUCGCAGGAGGUGACGGUGGUGCCGCCCUCGCGCCUGGUGGCGCUCAUUGGGCAGGCGCUGCGGUGGCAGCAGCACCAGGGGACGCUGCCGCCGGGCGUCGCGUACGACCUCUUCCGCGGCGCCGCGGCCACGGCCCGCGACGAGGGCGAGGCGCCGGUGAAAGAGCAGGAAAUGGAGAUCAAGCUUGGGGGUAAAAAGAACCACCCCGAGUGCGCGGCGUUCUCGCCGGACGGGCAGGCGCUGGCGACGGGGUCGGCGGACGGGUUCAUCGAGCUGUGGGACCCCGCGACGGGCAAGCUGAGGAAGAAUCUGUCGUACCAGAAGGAGGGGGCGUUUAUGUUGCACGACGCGGCGGUGCUGUGCUUGGCGUGGUCGAAGGACUCGGAGGUGCUCGCGUCCGGGUCGAGCGAUGGGCAGAUCAAGGUGUGGCGCGUGAGCGCAGGGCAGUGCCUGCGCCGGUUCGACGGCGCCCACACGCAGGGCGUGACCAGCGUGGCGCUGUCCUGGGACAAGUCGCACGUGCUGUCCGGCUCGUUCGACGGCACCGCGCGCGUGCACGGCCUGCGGUCGGGCAAGAUGCUCAAGGAGUUCCGCGGGCACACGUCUUACGUCAACAGCGUCGCCUACUGCGGGGACGGCGGGCAAGUCCUCACCGGGUCCUCAGACGGCACCGUGCGGCUGUGGGACGCCAAGUCCUGCGACUGCGUGCGCUCCUUCCGUCCCGCGCGCGCCGAGGGGAGCGGGGAGCUGCCCAUCAACGCGGCGAUUCCAGUGCCGGGGAUCUCGGACCUGGUGGUUGUGUGCGACCGGUCGUCCACCGCGCACGUGAUGAACCUCGAGGGCAUGGUGGUGCGCGCGCUGCCGGCGAGGAGGGAGGGAUCGAGCGUGAAGGUCAAGGACUUCGUGGCGUGCGCGGUGUCCCCGCGGGGGGGUUUGGCGUACUGUCUGACCGAGGACGGAUUCGUGUACUGCUUCGAGUUGGGGGGGGGGAGUUUGGAGGGGUCCUUCAACGCGCACGACGGCGGGGCGAUCGGGCUGUGCCACCACCCGCACCGCAACGUCGUCGCGACGUGGGCGACGGCCGGCCUGCUCCGCACGUUCAGGAGCUAG